AGCUCCUCGAUACAGCUUCGCUCAACUAAAUCGCUACGCUCUGUGAUUGAUGUUAUAAAUAAGGCAGUUCGAACUUUGUUCAGUUCCGUAACCACUUGUGUUGAUGAGUUCUGUUGUGCAUCAGCGAAGAUGAGAACGGGACUAAAGCAAAGGCGCAUAACUGUGCAGCCAUAGCGGGACUGUGCGUUCGGCAAGUCUACGGCUGUGAGUGUGAGUGCCACAACGUUAUCGUGGGUUGCUGUGGCUAGGACCAGGGAUUGGCUAGGACUGUUCUUCUUGUAAGGAUAUGAUUGAUACGUGGGCAAGAUGAAGCAAACGUGGAGUCGUCAGCUGUCGUGGACAUGUCGUGACCUCGUCAAACCACAAAUGAGCGUGUAUUUUGUUUACUUCAUUGCCGUGCUCCACAUAUUGCCCAGCGUCUGCCGAGGUGACGCCAUCUCCCCGGUCCGUCUCUCGUCUCCUGACCCAGGUCUGUGCCUGUGUCCAUGUGCGGAAGCUGACGCCCGCCUGACCGCCGACGCGGCCACAACGCUGGAAGACGCGGUCGUGAAUGCUGACAAAGUCUCUUCGGAACUGGCCGUGGACAAAUCCACCACUUCCUCCAAGAUCCGAACCAAGACGAGCGCCGAAGACGACAGGCCAACAGCUCGGUCACUGGGCGCAGUAGGUCUCAUCGUCAUCAUCUCUGUGGUGAGCUCCGUGCUGCUCAUGGACAUUGGUUCCUUUCACAGACACUUCAAGAACACUUGGCCGAGAGUGGAGAAGUCUGUGAUCGAACUUUCCAACCCAGCGACAUCUGUAGCCGGUUUCAAUUCUAGUAAUAAAACCAAAAGCGGAGUUGUGAGUGAAAUCAAUCGGAGCGAUACCGACGUAUCGAUGUUGGAGUCUGAAGGAGUUCGGACUCCUGUACAUAACAAUGACGUCAGCAAGGCAGAGAUGAUAGAACUCUGUUCUGGUGUUCUGUUACAAGUUUCUGGUCCGUCAUUCGAAACGACAAACUGUUCAGUUCCAAGACCAGAAUACAGCAGGUCAGAUCAGAGAGACUCUGUAACACCGUGGUCAUCUCGCUUUGGAAGGAGCAAUCUAGAAUCGACGUCACAAUUUCAACUGCUUGAAGUGCAGUCUUUGGAAGCGGAGUCUACAGUGAAUCCUACUAUGGAUAGAUUUAAAGCGGAUGGUAUUGGAGAGACAUCAGCGUGAAGCCAAAAUGAGGACAUUACACUGGCUCAAUUUUUAAAUCGUUCUGUAAAGAUAAAAACUCUUGAAUCUACAAUGUAGAUCAAAGCGAGAUAAUCACUUUUUUCGUGUAUGAUAUACUUCCAUCGUUGCGUCUUUUGAAAACAGAAGAAAACAGUAGUGGUGCCUAGCAGAGGAAAAGCAAUCAUUAAGAUAUUCAACAGAUUUUUGAACUGAUCUUUGAGAUCUUAAACUAUAGAUACCCACCGCACCCUCCCACCUAACCCCACUAAGGGAAAUAAACAUCAACAAACUAAUUUGUUUCACCCAAAAA